CUGUAGCAUCACCUUAGCCUGGUAUCUUCUCUACUAUGUUCUCCAGUUGGCAACCUGAUAAGAAGGCAGUGCUUGUCCUCCAGGCUUUUCUCCUGUUUUUUCUGGAAUACAAACUUCUGUUCAUGUGAUUUCUUUGUCCUUGUUAGCCAUGGAGUCCAUCAGAGACUCCCAGGUAUGAACUAACAUAUGACAGUGUUUUUAGGUGAAUUUUACCUUCUGUGUGAUGGAGCUCUCCAGAUUUGUACCCAAUUGCGUUACCUGCAGCGGUGCCUACGGGAAAGGCAGGUGGGAUGUUUAUACAAGAGCCCAGAAAAGACGCGAUCUGCCCCAGAAUCACUGAAUCUAGAACCACCCGGGUUGGAAGGGACCUCCAGGAUCACGGAUCUGCAGCGCCCCGGGCAGGGCCGUCAGGCUCCACGUUUAGCAGCAGACCCGGCUGCUCAGGGUCCCCGUGCGGUUAAAACGAUGCGUGGUGCUCGGCACCUCAGCACGAGGCGCUGCUGUGCGGGUGGGUCUGAGCAGGAACAGCCCGGACGGAGCUCAGCGCAGCGGGGCGAACCUGGGCUACAAAGCGGCCCGUGUCAGCCUGUGGAAGCAACGGAUGAUGCCUUCUGGGACCAGUUCUGGGCAGACACAGCCACGUCAGUGCAGGAUGUCUUUGCCCUUGUGCCAGCUGCAGAGAUCCGAGCAGUGAGAGAGGAAUCACCGUCCAACUUGGCAACUCUGUGUUAUAAGGCUGUGGAGAAGUUGGUGCAGGGAGCAGAGAGUGGCUGCCACACAGAGAAGGAGAGGCAAAUCGUCUUGAACUGCAGUCGGCUCCUCACUCGUAUCCUGCCUUACAUCUUUGAGGACCCGGACUGGAGAGGUUUCUUCUGGUCAACUGUCCCUGGGGCUGGCCGAGGAGGGGGAGAUGAAGAUGAUGAAAAUGCCCGGCCGCUGGCUGAGUCGCUGCUCCUUGCUGUCGCAGAUCUGCUCUUCUGUCCAGAUUUCACUGUGCAAAGCCACCGGAGAAGCGCGGUGGACACAGCAGAGGAUAUCCACUCCAUUGACAGCUGCGAGUACAUCUGGGAGGCAGGAGUGGGCUUUGCUCACUCUCCACAGCCUAACUACAUUCAUGACUUGAAUAGGACAGAGCUGCUUAAGCUGCUGCUGACCUGUUUCUCUGAGGCCAUGUAUCUGCCUCCAUCUUCAGACAGCAGCAACACCAACCCCUGGGUGCAGUUCUUCUGCUCUACAGAGAACAGACAUGCACUCCCCCUCUUCACCUCGCUCCUGAAUGUCGUCUGUGCCUACGAUCCGGUGGGUUAUGGGAUUCCUUACAAUCAUCUGCUUUUCUCUGACUACCGUGAGCCCCUGGUGGAGGAGGCAGCCCAGGUGCUGAUUGUCACUUUGGACUAUGACAGCUCCACCAGUUCAAGUCCCACUGUGGAUGGCACAACUACUGGCACGGCCAUGGAUGAUGUGGAUCCUCCAGGACCAGACAAUCUGUUUGUGAAUUACCUCUCAAGAAUACACCGAGAGGAGGAUUUCCAGUUCAUCCUGAAAGGAGUGGCUCGUUUAUUAUCGAACCCACUGGUCCAGACCUACCUGCCAAACUCUGCCAAGAAGAUCCAAUUCCAUCAGGAACUUCUCGUCCUCUUCUGGAAACUCUGUGACUUCAACAAGAAAUUCCUCUUCUUUGUGCUGAAGAGCAGUGAUGUUCUGGAUAUCCUUGUCCCAAUCUUGUAUUUUCUCAAUGAUGCCAGAGCAGACCAGUCACGAGUGGGAUUGAUGCACAUUGGGGUAUUUAUCCUCCUGCUUCUCAGUGGGGAGCGUAAUUUUGGGGUGCGACUGAACAAGCCGUAUUCUGUACGAGUGCCUAUGGACAUCCCUGUCUUCACAGGGACUCAUGCGGAUCUGCUCAUCAUAGUCUUUCACAAGAUCAUAACUAGUGGGCACCAGCGUCUGCAGCCUCUCUUUGACUGCCUGCUCACCAUCAUUGUGAACGUGUCUCCAUAUCUGAAGUCUCUUUCCAUGGUGGCUGCUAACAAGUUACUGCAUCUCCUGGAAGCUUUCUCCACCACCUGGUUCUUGUUCUCUGCUAUCCAGAACCACCAUCUUGUUUUCUUCUUGCUGGAAGUUUUCAACAACAUAAUUCAGUACCAGUUUGAUGGGAACUCUAAUUUGGUUUAUGCUGUUAUCCGCAAGCGGAAUGUGUUUCAUCAGCUGGCCAACUUGCCCACGGAUUCGCAGUCCAUCCAGAAGGGGCUGCAGCGCAAGAAGAAAUCUCCAGAGCCUAUUUCUCGCACCAACUCCCAGGAUGGAGCCUCCAUGGAGGGGUCACGUCCUGCUGCCCCCGCUGAGCCAGGGACACUGAAGACAAGUCUGGUGGCUACUCCAGGGAUUGACAAGCUCACAGAGAAGUCACAGGUGUCAGAGGAUGGGACCAUGCGUUCGCUGGAGCCUGAGCCUCUGCCAGAGGGUAACCCGCCCUCAGCUGUGAGUGAUGGGGAGCCCUGGAGUGGGGAAGUGUCACAUCCCCAGCGGGAUCGAAGGCGUCUCUCCAGUGCAUCCUCCAGUGGACAGUGGACCCCAACUCCCGACUGGGUGAUGUCUUGGAAGUCAAAGCUUCCUCUGCAGACCAUCAUGCGGCUGCUACAGGUACUGGUCCCUCAGGUGGAGAAGAUCUGCAUUGACAAGGGUCUCACAGAUGAGUCAGAGAUCCUCAAGUUCUUGCAGCAUGGCACACUGGUGGGGCUGCUGCCUGUCCCUCACCCCAUCCUCAUUCGCAAGUAUCAGGCUAACUCAGGCACUGCUAUGUGGUUCCGGACCUACAUGUGGGGCGUUAUUUAUUUGAGGAAUGUGGAUCCCCCCAUCUGGUAUGACACAGAUGUGAAGCUGUUUGAAAUUCAGCGAGUCUAAGAGAGCACUUAACCUCUACUAAGAGAAAUACACUGGAUCUGAGGACUCUGCUGUGUGCUGCUUCAUCACAGCUAUUCCUGCAUUUCACAUCCAGCUGGGAGACCAAAAGGACAAUCAUUCCAUUUAUCUCCCUGUCAUUUAAAGCUUUAAUUGGGACCUGUGUGGGCAUCCCUCCCCCAGCUCACUUCUCUUCCUUUACCCUUCACCAUGAACCCUGAGUGAAAGAUGUCUAAGCGAUCGUCCAUUGUUGUGGUUGCACUAGAAAUCAGACUGUUCUUAACUCUUCAGUUAGUGUUUUGCUCCUGGAUUUGGUUUGGAAACCAAUUUGACCCAGUCCUUGCCCUUCUCAGUGUCAGCAUUUAAUUGAAAAGACUAACUGUAAAUUGGGUGCUAUUCCUGCAGGCAGUGGGGUUUGGAAAUGGUAGUUACUUUCAAGUGGUUCCACAGUGUUUCUGGGCCAUCACUUCUGACUGCAGGUGUCUCCCUGAAGUCUCAGUUGUAUAUUGGUAGGGAAAUCUUUCCAGUCCAAAUGAAAGGAGAAGUUACUGAAGGAAAACUUUGUGCCUCAGCUCUCAAUCUCUCUACUCCUUUCCUGGAAAGCUGCUUAAAGAGUCCUUUAGUAGGUGUCACUCUGGUGUGGUAGUUCUUCUUUGGCUUCCAGGCCUGGCAACCUGUCCUUCAUGGUCAAGUGUUGCAAUGAAGCAUAUGUGUGUCAGUUUGGAAAGCCCUGUUUGAUUCUCACAAGCACACGGGAAGGAAUGGACUGGCUCAGUGCGAGCAAGGAGAAGAGAUGGUUAACCUGUGUUGUACUUCACCAGUUACCUGAAAGGACACUGUCAUCUGGGUUUGGGAGUAACCAUGUCCUUCUGACUCUGUCUAUGGAGCAGGAGGGUCUUUUGCACACUACUGUCUGAAGCCAGAAAUUGAGGGUGGCUCUCAGGGAAGUUGUGGGAGGAAUUUGGAAGCCAUAGGAGGAAAAGCAUCUCUGUGUCACUUGGGAGUGGACAGUGAGUGCUGAGGCAAAACUUGAUUCUUUGGGGCAUUUUGCUAAGAACCAAGAUAUCAGAUCUUGAAUGUACAGGGUCCAAAUGAGCAAAGCCUGGGAAGGCAGAGCAGGAAGCAGUGGAAGGCUGGCUGUUGCUGGCACGGUUUAGCAGCAUGUAGUUGCACAUUGUCUCCACCCACCAUCCUGGGAGUCAUCAAAUUGUAUGUUCUGUGGAGCGGGGUUGCUGCCUUAGGCCUGUGAGGUGUUCAGACAAGGCAAUGUGAGGGGUCCUGCUGUGAGCUGAGACCUUUCCUACUUCACCAAGGCUUAAUCUUUGGUCUCCUGGUCCUCAGCCUUGGGGGUCACUGGGCCACGAGCUGUUCUGAGCUACGACAGACAAGUGAGAUCACUCCUUGGAACUGGUCUCCCACUCUUGAGUAAGGGUCAGGUGUGCGGUCUUGUUUCUUGUAGUCCUUCCCUAAGUGCUGGAGUUAGUGUGAUGGCAGCUUGGAUGAUCUGCCGUUUGUCUCCUGGAGAGAGUGCUGCUGUAUUGUUCCACUGGCUGGUCUGUAGGCAAGUGGUUUUCUUAAGCACUUCUGACACUGAAAGCAGCCUGUAGUCCUAGGGCAGCUGAAAUAAAGCCCCAGUGGUUUUUCUGAUGGAUAAGAAAUACAAGAAAUAGAGGUUAAUUUCCUCACCCCUCCCCUGUUCCAUCUCCACUCCACUUUGUUGUUUAGCACUACGCUCAUCCUGAUGCAGUCUUUGUUUGGAUAUCAGCAGGGUGAGAUUUCUGUUUCAGUAGGAAUCUCUCAUAUAUAAGAAUGUGAUUUGGUGGGGGAGGCGCUCACACCCCACAGCCAGAGCGGGACAUCUCGUGUCCCACGUGCUUGCCUCCUCCCCUGUGGAUCUUCUGACUCCUAUGAUUUCUUCCAUCUUUUCUGCUUUAUUUCUCUGUGAGUUCCUUUGGAAACAUUUUUUGUUUUUCUUGGUGUUUGGAGUCUAAUCUUUGUUCUGUGAAAAUCAACUUGCACUGUAAACUAUUUGCUUAAUUACAGAGUGAAAGAUAAAGAUUAUCUGAAACAUGCAA